AUGACAUCUUUUCAAAAACCUACAAUCAAAAUCAUUGAGAAUUUUACUGAUAUGAAGCCUUUUAAAUGCUUAGAGUACCCGAAUCAAGUUUCAAAAAUAAUUUGGGAGAUCAAUUCCAACAAUAUCUUGCAAUCAUCAACAGAAAUAAUAGACUACAUUAAAUCUAAUAAAAUAUCAGUACAAUUGACACUUCAUCUGAUUAGUGCUGUUUCAGAAAUUCGAAUUAAAGAAAUUUCAUUAUUUGCUGAGGUUUAUCAAAAGAUUUUGAAUGAAUUUGCAUGCAUGAUAAUACCUACAAAUAAAAGAUUGGCAGCUCUAUUAUUCUAUAAAGAUGUCAAUUUUCCAAAUUACAAACCCAAAUAUGAUUUAGAAAGUUUAAUCAAUAUAUUUUCAAAAGAAUCGCCAUUAUAUUACAUUGCAUGGGAUAAAGUUGACGAACUCAAGAGUCGAUAUCCAAAUCUUAAUGUCAACAUGAAAAUUAGGAAUGAUUAUGUUCCAACCCAACCUUUUACUUUCAUUGACUGUGCAUGCAGAUUCGGAUCAGAGUUAUGUUUCAAUUACUUAAAGAACAGUGGAGCUGAAUAUACUGAGUAUACACCAUGGUAUGCAAUUCAAGGCGGAAAUGAAAACAUUAUUUCUCAAAUGAUAGAUGAAGGCAUAACUUUUGAUGAUUUAAUUCAAGCAGCAUUAGAAUGUCAUCAUUUUGAAAUUGCUGAUUACCUUAAUUCAAAUCUUGAACAAGUUCCAAUAUCAGUAGAAGGAAAUCUAUAUUUUGGAAAUUUUGGAGUUGCUUCAUAUUUACUUGCUAAUGGUGCUGAUUUAAGUGAUCGAGCAUUUCUUCUUUUUGUUGUGUUCAUCAUUGUUUUUUGA